AUGGCUGGAAGAGAGAGAGCGGAAGAGUUGAUUUCACCAAGUCCCCAUUUGCAAAUGCGAGAAAUUAAAAGCCCAUUGCGAAGAGAAAACCUGGGAAGUCAUACGAAUGAAAUUCUUAAGUCGGGAGAAGCCGCGGGUGACGAUGCUUCCAAAGAUAUAGAGUCCAGAGAAAAGGGCGUGCAAACCGUCGAACCCCCUUAUUCAGUCUUCACCCACCGAGAAAAAGCUGCGAUGAUCAUCACCGUGUCUUUCAUGGCCAUCAUAUCACCCCUAUCUAGUGCAAUCUAUCUCCCUGUGCUUCCAUCACUUGCCCAGGAUCUCAAUGUCUCCGCAUCUCUAAUCAACCUCACGGUGACAACAUACCUAAUAUUCCAAGGAGUUGCGCCAUCGUUUAUCGGCAACUACUCCGACACAUACGGACGUCGCCCAGCCUACAUGAUCUGUUCCGUUAUCUAUCUAGGAGCAAACAUAGGCCUAGCGGUCCAGAACUCCUACGCCGCACUCCUCGUCCUCCGCUGUCUGCAGAGCUGCGGAAGCAGCGCGACAAUCGCGCUAGCCAGCGCCGUAUCCGCAGACCUCGCCACCCGCGCAGAACGCGGGAAGUAUCUCGGAUACGCCGCGAUGGGCGUAACUCUCGGUCCGGCACUCGGGCCCGUGAUCGGGGGCCUCAUCAACCAAUACCUAGGCUGGCGAGCGAUAUUCUGGUUUCUCACAAUCCUCUCCGGCGUAUUAUUCCUAAUCCUUUUUCUCUUCCUCCCCGAAACAGGUCGAAGCGUCGUCGGAAACGGCAGCAUUCCCUCCCCAUGGUGGAACAUGUCCCUCCUAGCGUACAUCAAGCAACGAGGCCAAGGCAUCACCCCCGACACCACGACCGCCAAGCCCCCACGCCGCCGCCCCAACCCCUUCGCCUCGCUAAAACUGCUCUUCGAGAAACAAGGCGGCAUCAUCCUCGCCUUCGGCUCACUCGUCUACGGCGGGUACUACAUGCUCCUCACGACCCUCUCCACCGAGCUAUCCACCCGCUUCGGCUUCUCCUCCGUCAUAAUCGGGGUAUGUUACCUCCCCCUCGGCAUCGGCAGCCUCUCGUACCGACACACAGGCGGCUACCUCCUCGACUGGAACUUCCGGCGACACGCGCGCGUCGCCGGGAUAGCAAUCACUAAGAACAGGCAGCAGGACCUCGCGGCCCUGCCGAUCGAGAAGAUGCGCCUGCAGAUCUCGCUGCCGUUUGUGUAUCUCGCGUGUGCGGCUGUCGUGGGGUAUGGUUGGGCGAUGCAGACGAGGGCUUCGCUGGCGGGGAUUGAGGUUUGUUUGUUUUUGUGCGGGCUGUUUAUUUCGGGGAUCACAAAUGCGCUGAAUACGCUUAUUGUCGACACGCAUGUUAGCUCGCCGGCGACUGCUGUUGCGGCGAAUAAUCUGUGCCGGUGUCUUGUGGGGGCCGGGGCGGCGGCGGUGGCGUCGCCGUUGAUUGAUCGGAUUGGGGUAGGUUGGACAGCGGUGUUCGUCGCGGGACUCUGGGUUAUUUUGAGUCCUCUUUUGUGGUUGGUUAUUGUCAAGGGUCCUAAAUGGAGGCAGGUAGAAAGCGGGACGGGUGAUAAGGGGCAUGCUGAGAAAAAUGCGAAAGAUGGUACUUGUCGUUAA